GCAUCGUCUCCCGUCGGCAGCACUCGUCUAAGUACGGAGCAUUUCGCAGGUCAACAACCAAUCCAACGAGGAAUAUUUCUCGUAGCGAACACUUUUGAUAAAUGGCGAAGCAGUGUUUGUCAAGAUAGUUUUGUUUACAAGAAAGUAAUAUCGGUGCACUCCAGCAAUAGAGGAUUUUGGUGUCUGUUCGGAGGUAGAUGAAGGUGCGUUGUAGUUUCGUGAAGUGGUUACGUUACCGCAUGCUGUACCUAACGUGAAAUUAUGCUCUUAGUACACAAAACCCAACUAGUUUGCAUGAACCUGAUGAGAAACAUCAAGUAGCAUCUUUUCGGAUAUGGUAGUCUGUUUAGUUAAUUGCAGUUCACAUGUGUUUGGAUUGGUGUAAUAAGGCUCUAGGAGUGCUUACAAGCAUUUAUAUAGCCAUUUCGAAGGCCAGUUACAUAUAGUGCAUCGUAUGAAACAAAAUAUAACGAAAUGAAGUUUACAAAUAUUUGUGGAAUGUUGAAUAACCUAACAGCAGACGGAAUGCUGCAUGUGUUUGAGUUGUGCACAACGAUCAGCUGACACGAGAAAGCCAGGCACAUAAAUUGUCAUCUUAUUGCCAUUCCGCUGAUAAUUUUAAAAUUGGACGCUAAAUAUCGUGAAGAUUACAAUCAAAAUAAAGCAUUUUACUCCUGUGGAUGGCUCAUCACAAAACUGCCAAAAAAGAAGGUUUUAACAUGUCACGAAACCACAAGGAAAAGUAUGAAGGCACCAAUUCACGGAGGGCACACACAAUCAUGUCUCCAGAGGACGCAGCUUCUGGAAAGAGAUCUGAUUGGACGGAGUUGGAGAUAACAGGGACUAUUCGCAACCUGAGUCCAAAUUUAUGGACAUUCACACACCUUACAGCAUUGUACCUGAAUGAUAAUUGCCUUUCUCGAAUUCCUCCAGACAUUUCAAAACUAGUGAAUCUUCGUACACUCGAUCUUUCAAGCAACAAAUUACGCAGCCUGCCAGCUGAAUUAGGAGACCUAAUUUAUCUCAGGGAACUUCUGCUGAACAACAACUAUCUACGGGUUCUCCCAUACGAGUUGGGGAAACUCUUCCAGCUGCAUAUUUUAGGACUCCAGGGUAAUCCUCUGACAAAGGAGAUCCUAGCCAUGUAUGGGGAACCUAAUGGAACUCAUCGGCUGCUGACCUACAUGCUGGACAACUUACAAGGGGCUAGUGAGCAUCAUUCUUGGGUCCGAAAUCAAUUUUCUGCAACAGCUAAACCAGCAGGCUUUAACGUCGAGAGAAUAAGAAAAACUAAUUGGCUUUAUAAAGGCGUCUGCACGGCGGUCGAUACAGGACAGGUCCCGGGCCGGGCAGGGCAGGGCAGGGCAGGGCAGGGCGUGGCUGGCAGUAUCGACCCCCGGCCGGCCGGGGGCUGCGGCCUGGGGCUGAGGGCUGAGGAGGGCGCAGCGCGGCGCAGGCGGCAGAGCCCUACCGGACGUCGCCGCGGCCAGACGCAGCGGGGCGGCUGCUGGCGACACGAGGAUGCCGACCCCUGUGGCGACCCGCAGUUCAGGCGUAUUGACGGCGCCGCUGCCGAGAACCUGACGGGAGCGUGGUUGCAGUGUUUCUUAGAGCGCGGCUGGUGUACGGCCGCGCUGCUCGACGAGGGCCGGCCAAACACCGAGUGUGAAUGA